GGGAUUUGUCGUGUCGAACUCACAAUCAUGACGGCGGAGAAGCGCGGCCUCGGCUCCGGCGACGUAGGAUCAACGUCUCCAAAGAAACCCCGAGCGAAUUCAGCCGAGACGCUGUCGCCUGGUACCACAUUACCGUUGCCAUCAAAAAUGAUUGGGGUGUCCAACGAUCCAGAGUACAUCAACAUGAGUGACGAUGUCUUUCACAACACCAGCCUGGCAUCGAGUGAUACGCAUUAUAUCCAUUCCCUAUCGGUUCCUGGGAAGUACGAAGCGUUUGACGUGUACGGCCAUGCCGACAAGAAUUCAACCGUCAGCAGUGUUUACUUUGGCAAGAAACUUUGCGGCCAUGAAGGAAUUGUUCAUGGCGGAUGUAUCUCGACUGUGCUGGACGAGCUAUUUGGAUGGACGAUGUUCUGGAUGACGGAAGAUGUGGGUUUCACUGCCAAUUUGAACGUGAACUUUCGAAAGCCCCUACCCGUCGAUACAUUUGGCCUCAUUUACACCAAGUUCGACAAACGGGAACGUCGAAAGGUGUAUAUGAAGUCUCGUCUCGAAGACAACGAUGGCAACCUCUAUGCCGAAGCCACAACAUUGUUUAUCUUGCCCAAGCCAACUGAAUAAAUAGCACUACAGUAACGUUAAGCACACCGUAAAUAUGUCUCAUUUACAGUCGGAUA